AGUUAAUUAAAUAUUUAAUUUUUCUGAGUCGAAACGUGGUCGUUUGUUUGCAAUUUGAAACAACUAAACCCUGAAAACGUAUCAUACAUCUGAAACACAUUCUCCUCUCUCGCCGCCUCCCCCAUCGCUGUCAUGCCGCAAGGAGAUUACAUAGAACGUCAUAUAAGAGAUUAUGGCUACCGUCCUGAUCACUUCGAGCGCAAGCGCAAGAAGGAUGCUCGUGAAGUUCACAAGCGCUCCCAAAUUGCCCAGAAGGCUAUUGGUAUUAAGGGCAAGAUGAUUGCCAAGAAAAAUUAUGCUGAAAAAGCUCAGAUGAAAAGAACUAUUGCCAUGCAUGAGGAAUCAACGUCCAGGCGAAAGGCUGAUGAUAAUGUUCAAGAGGGAGCUAUUCCUGCAUAUCUUAUGGAUCGUGAGAACACCGCCAGGGCAAAGAUUAUUAGCAACACCAUUAAGCAAAAGAGGAAGGAGAAGGCUGGGAGAUGGGAUGUUCCCCUACCUAAGGUGCGUCCUGUGGCUGAAGAUGAAAUGUUCAAAGUCGUCCGCACUGGAAAAAGAAAGACCAAGCAAUGGAAGAGAAUGGUUACCAAAGCUACAUUUGUUGGGCCUGGUUUUACUAGGAAACCUCCCAAGUAUGAGCGGUUCAUUCGUCCUACUGGACUGCGAUUCACCAAAGCUCAUGUCACUCAUCCAGAACUUAAAUGCACAUUCAAUCUAGAAAUAAUUGGAGUGAAGAAAAACCCUAAUGGCCCUAUGUACACCUCUCUUGGUGUCAUGACCAAGGGGACUAUAAUUGAGGUGAAUUGCAGUGAACUUGGUCUGGUCACUCCUGCAGGAAAAGUUGUGUGGGGUAAAUAUGCUCAGGUUACCAAUAACCCAGAAAAUGAUGGUUGUAUAAAUGCUGUAUUGCUUGUUUAAGGUCAGAGCAAGUAUUGGAGUUCUAACAUGACUUCAGAAAACAGUGGUUAAGUUCAUCUCCCAUGAUUUUUGCAGUCUUGUAGGUAUAAACUAUACCCCCAUCCCCAAUGUUACGGAACACUAUGCAGUAUUUGCUGGUACUUGAGGCUUCAUCUUGGAAUUUAGUGAGGGAUUUUUGUUAUUGGAUUGUGAUAUGUCAUGUUCUGCUAUUCCUUUUAUUUCUGUUUUUCUUUUUAUUUGGAUAGUCAAUGCAAUGAUCAAAUCUAGCACUUUAUCAUUUAGAGUUAA